AUGCAACGGCUUCUGAUUCAAGUAGUCGCAGCAAUAUAUGUUGUUUGCAUUGUUACAGGUCAAGACACGAUCAGUUCACAACCUACUUCUUGUGGAUGCUGUCCAUCACCAUAUUGUCAAGCGAAAUCAACGCCAUGUUCAACAAAUUCUGACUGCGAAUGCUUGAUGAUGGCAAUGACCGGUGGAGGAAUGUGUACGGAUACAGUUAUGUCAUGUAAAGAUUUGGUUCCAUGUCAAAAUGAUAAUAAGACAUGUGCGGCAGCCAAUACUGGUACAUGCCAACCGUUGGGAAAUUCUUUCUUUUGUCUUUGUCCAUCAACACAUUUUGGUCCAGUAUGUGAAUAUCGUGGUACCGGAACCGAUCUAACUGUGCUCGAAACAAUUCUCAAUGGUUCACUAACAAAUUAUGAUCAAACUGUUGAAAAUGUACUUAACCGGUCUAAUUGGACCAAUAUGGUUGCUGUUGUUGAUGUUACCGGGUCGAUGCAACCAUGUGCGGCAGCUGUUUAUAAAUGGCUGAAAUUAGCAUAUGAUAAGCUAAAUUCGAUCAAAUACUAUGUCUUCUUUAAUGAUGGUGACAAUAAAGCUGAUUCACUCAAGGUAAUUGGAUCUACUGGAGGUAUCUACGGCAUACCGACUACUAAUUUGAAUACAACGCUAGCCGUAAUGCAAGCAGCUAUGAAAAAUGGUAAUGGUGGUGAUGGGCCAGAAAAUGAUAUCGAAGCAAUUUUAUUUGGUAUCAAGCAAUGUCCUACAUGUACGAAUUUGAUUCAUAUUGCUGACAAUCAGGUGACGCCGCGUGAUAUGAUUUUACUCUCGAAUGUGACCUUGCCAGUGAAGGUUAUCACCUGUCAGUUGAACUCGUAUCCUGUCAAUCCUGAUUUGAUCAAUAUUGCCAGUCGCACAGGCGGUUCAAUACAUACUCUCCAACAAGACAUUAUAAACUUAUCUGGUAUUCCAGUGAACGGUACCAUUGUCAUUGGAAGCAGUACGUAUCGUCGAACGGUAAAUGGUUACGUACAAAUCGCUUGA